AUGGUGCCAAGUAGCUUCAUCUUCUUCCUUAGCAACGUUGUCAAAGCGACCUCGAAUGAGGAUGGUGAAGGCAGCAGCUUUGUGAAGUCUCAGAAGAAUUUCGCCAGCCAUAAAAUCGUGAACCUUUUCAACAACAACAGGAGGACGGAGGUGACCGAGGAGGAGGCAGAGAGGCAGCAGCGGAUGGAGGAAGGGAAUAUUCUGGAUUUGCAUGAGAGGAAGGAUGAGGAACGCCGGAAGAUCCGAGAGGAGAAGGCGCGCCUGGCACGACGCGCCGCCAUCCAGGAACUGCACCAGAAAAGGGCCCAAAAGGCCUUGGACGCAAAGCACUUGGCAGAAGAAGAGCUCGCGCUGGUGAAGGAGAGCAGAAGGGUGGCGAAGAAGAAGCCUGCCCCUGCGAGGAACGUCAGCCCGGCCGGCAGCGGCGCCAAAGCCAAUAACGCUGAGGCCAACUUCCACUCCUUAGCUGCAGAGCCAGAGGAAAGGGGCCUCGCAGAGCUUGGCUCCGUGCCCUCGCGGGAGCCUGGAGCAGAGGACAAGCUGCAGGAUGUGAGCUCCAGAGAGACGGGCGGCGAGGAUCUGGAGACGGUGGUGACUGCUGUCAGCAGGGCUCAGUCCAAGGUCACGCUCAGCGAGCUGCUGGACACGCUCAGGCUGUUGGAGGAAGAGCCAGAGCUCCUGCCCCCACCGAAGGUCUUCAAGAAGGACAGAUGUGCCUGGAUGGAUGGGCAGGAGCCCAGUUCCAAUUCCCUGACUGCCGAUAACUUGGAGAAGUUUGGGAAGCUGAACCACUCCCCGGGGGUCCCCGAGGACGGGGCCCUGCUCUCGGAGGCCAAGCUCCAAAGCAUCAUCAGCUUCCUGGAUGAGAUGGAGAAGUCGGAACAGGAGAGGCCCAGGUCGGCCGCCUCGGCCACGCAGCGGGAGGGUCUCCUCUCGGAAGAGGAGCUGGCUCACUUGGAGCAGGCGUCGGCUGUUGCCACAGAGGUCACGAGCUCCAUCAUGAGGCUGAAGCUGGAAGUGGAGGAGAAGAAGCGAGCCAUCAGCCUGCUGCAGACGGCCCUGGCUCAGCAGAGGGAACUGACUGUCCGGCACGUCAAACAGACCGAGGAGGAGCUCAGCCACCAGCUCAGGCUGCAGCGGGAACAGUACGAGGCAGCUAUCCAGAGGCAUCUGGCCUUCAUUGACCAGCUCCUUGAUGAUAAGAAGGUGCUGAGUGAGAAGUGCGAGGCUGUGGUAGCUGAGCUGAAACAAGUGGACCAGAAGUACGGCAAGAAGAUCAGCCAGAUGCAGGAGCAGCAUGAGCUGGAGAUCAAGAAACUGAAGGAACUGAUGAGCGCAACCGAGAAAAUCAAGCGGGAGAAGUGGAUCGAUGAGAAGACCAAAAAGAUCCGAGCAGUAACUGUCCUUCCCGCUGCCCCAGGGCUGGAGCCGGAGAUCCAGAAGCUCAUCGCCAAGCACAGGCAGGACAUCAGGAAGCUGAAGAUGCUGCAUGAAGCCGAGCUGCUGCAGUCGGACGAGCGGGCG